CAAACAGUAAGAUGGCGCUUGCAAACAGUUGUGGACAAUAAUGGGCGUUUUGCUCUCCCAGUUUUCAUCUCAGUGCCUAGAUUUACACUUGGAAAAAUACUCACAAAAAACGCUUCGCCAUCACAACACUAUAUCCGAAUAGAAUCUCAAUGUUUUGCUGCCGGAGUGAAGAAUAUAAAGAACAAAACCGCAUCAACAAAGAAAUUGAGAAACAACUGAAGCGCGACAAAAAAGAUGCACGUCGAGAGCUUAAACUUCUCCUCCUUGGUACCGGUGAGUCGGGCAAAAGUACCUUCAUCAAGCAGAUGCGCAUCAUCCAUGGAGCAGGUUAUUCGGACGAUGAGCGAAGAACCUUCAUCAAAAUUGUUUAUCAAAACAUAUACAUGGCUAUGUUUACGAUGGUUCGUGCUGUGGAAAGUCUAAAAAUCCCUUAUGAAAACCCAGCAAACAAGGCAUAUGGGGAAGCAAUAAAAGAGAUCGACUAUGAGACCGUUACUACUAUGGAACCACAGCACGUUGUAGCUAUCAAAUCAUUGUGGGAUGAUCCAGGCAUCAAAGAAUGCUAUGAUCGUCGUCGUGAGUAUCAACUAACAGAUUCAGCAAAAUACUAUUUAGAUAAUCUUGACCGAAUUUCACAGUCAGAUUAUUUACCGACGCUUCAAGAUAUAUUACGAGUUCGAGUUCCUACUACAGGCAUUGUAGAGUACUUGUUUGAUCUAGAUUCUAUCAUAUUUCGGAUGGUUGAUGUUGGUGGACAACGUUCUGAACGUCGGAAGUGGAUACAUUGUUUUGAAAGUGUAACCUCAAUUAUGUUUCUAGUUGCAUUAUCUGAAUAUGACCAAGUAUUGGUGGAAUCCGAUAAUGAGAAUCGUAUGGAAGAGAGUAAAGCGCUCUUCAGAACAAUCAUUACUUAUCCAUGGUUUCAAGAGUCAUCUGUUAUUUUAUUCCUAAAUAAGAAAGAUCUUUUAGAAGAGAAAGUACUGUAUUCUCACCUUGUUGAUUAUUUUCCUGAAUACGAUGGUCCUCAACGCGAUGCAGAAGCUGCACGUGAUUUUAUUCUAAAAAUGUUUGUUGAAUUAAAUCCUGAUCCUGAGAAAAUAAUCUACUCUCAUUUCACAUGUGCUACUGAUACAGAGAAUAUACGUUUUGUUUUUGCUGCUGUAAAAGAUACAAUUCUUCAAUUGAAUUUGAAAGAAUAUAAUCUUGUUUGAUGAAUUAUAUCAUGAAGUAUGCAUCAUUUUGUCAACGGUAAAGAUUAAUUAUUUCUACCGGUGUUUAUAUUAUGUCAGUAUAAUUAUGCACAGGAUUACUUAACGUUUUUUUAAAUAAAUAACUUCAUAUAUAAUUAUAUAGAAGAAAUUUAUUGUUUAGCAUAAUUAGUAUACAAUGGAGAUAAGUUUUGUCGGGCUCGAAGCAGUUACCCACCGCAGACAUUGAAAGAUGGUCGCAUAAUAUCGUGGAUUGAUUAAAGUUAAACAUCGACACCAUACCUGCCAGCUCAGUGGUCUGGAGGUUAAGCGUUCACAUGUGAAACCGAAGGUCAUGAGUUCGAUUCCCACCAGGACGAAAUAGCUGUCCAAUGCUUUCAUGUUUUCAAAGGUAGUCUAACUUUGAUUGGUUUGUGACUUCGAUGGAAAUCAACAAUCUCCACAGCUGCUUACUGACAAUUAUCAUGUGCUCACUAGUGACCAGCGUUGAAGGGGAAUUUCCGAAGUUCUAGUGAGAAGCCGUGACCAGUGUAGCUAAUUAUGUCGGUUGUAAAGCAGUUACCCAUGGAAGACAAUGAAAGACGGUCGCGCAUGUCGUGGUUUAAUUUAUUAGAGUGAUAUGUCAUAGUUGUUAUCACUUAAACAAACUUUUACAUUAAGAUUAUAAGCCACUAUUUACCAAUCAUCAAGGUUCACCAGGUCAGAAUUUCAAAAUCAAUUCCUUCGAUUAGAAUUUUUCCAGUGAUUAACUCAUAAUUAUCUUUUCAUAAGUAUUAAGUUGUCUACAUUUCAUUAUUUUAUAUUAUGUUUAGCCUUCCAUCUACGCUUAAAAUUCAAAUUAUUCUCAGCCAAUCAGUGUAUGUAUUGUCGACAGUCUUAACGCAAUGUAUCUACAACUACCAGUUAAUUUUACGCAACGAACUCUCCCUAUCCAUACCCCUAUAUCAGUUUUUGGAUUCCGCGCCGCCGCCAGUUUGCCUUUUUUCAUGUUCGUUCCGUUAUUAUAUAUAUAUAUAUAUAUAUAU